CCCCCAGCUCUCAUUGCCUCUAUGAAAUUGCUAUUAAAACAAAAUCCUGCAAGACAUAGUACCCGGCUCGGCUCUGCGUGAUCAAGGAAAACCUGGGCACGAGUUGGCUGAGGACUGUCUUGCGGAGUCCUCCGUGCUCACCGAGUGGGAGGGUCACACUGGAGGGACGAAUAAGGGCAGAGAUGCGUCCCGCUUCCACUCGCUGCGAGCUGGCGCGGGCCACUCCGCGGCGGUGCGGCAGCCCUGUCCGGACUCCACCGCGCCUCCCAGGGGCUUUGACACCAACCCAAGAUCUGUGGACAUUUGUUCCCAUGGUUUCAAGGCACAAUGAGGCACACUGGCUCUUGGAAACUGUGGACAUGGGUGGCAAAGUUCCUGCUUCCUGCCUGCACCUGUGUGACUGUCAGGGACAAACCAGGAACAACCUGCCCUGUACUGAGAACAGAGGGAUAUCGAGACGACAGGAGCAUCUUGUCAGGCUUUGAUCUGGGAGAAAGCUUUGCUCUGAGACACGCGUUUUGCGAAGGUGAUAAAACCUGUUUCAAGUUGGGUAGCACGCUUCUUAUCAGAGACACUGUUAAGAUAUUUCCCAAAGGUCUUCCAGAGGAAUACUCUGUAGCCGUCAUGUUUCGGGUACGAAGAAGCACUAAAAAGGAAAGGUGGAUUUUAUGGAAGAUUUUAAACCAGCAGAAUAUGCCCCAGAUAUCUGUAGUGAUCGAUGGUACGAAGAAGGUGGUAGAAUUUAUGUUCCGGGGUGCUGAGGGAGAUCUGCUGAACUAUGUUUUUAAGAACCGAGAACUUCGUCCUCUCUUUGAUCGUCAAUGGCAUAAACUUGGCAUUGGCGUGCAACCCCGAGUCCUUUCUCUCUAUAUGGAUUGUAACUUAAUUGCAAGUCGUCACACAGAAGAAAGGGACUCUGUGGAUUUUCACGGAAGGACAGUUAUUGCCGCACGAGCUUCAGAUGGCAAACCCGUGGAUAUUGAGCUUCACCAGCUCAGAAUCUACUGCAAUGCAAGCUUCCUAGCUGGAGAAUCGUGUUGCAACUUAUCGCCUACUAAGUGUCCAGAGCAAGAUGACUUUGGAAGUACCACUUCAUCCUGGGUGACCUCUCACACUGGUAAAACAUCUUCAUAUCUGCCAGGAAAGCAGGAAAUUAAAGAUGCAUGCCAGUGCAUUCCAAACAAGGAGGAAGCAGGAAAUCUGGGAUCUUUUGGAUAUAAAGGCGACAAAGGCGAGCCGGGUGAAAAUGGUUUACAUGGAACUCCAGGAUUACCUGGUCAAAAGGGAGAACAAGGACUCGAAGGCAUCAAAGGAGACAUUGGUGAAAAGGGUGAACCAGGAGCCAAAGGAGACACUGGUCUGGCUGGCCUUAAUGGACAAGAUGGUUUGAAAGGUGACUUGGGUCCUCAAGGUCCACCUGGCCCAAAAGGAGAAAAGGGUGAUAUGGGACCUCCAGGGCCACCAGCCUUAACUGGUUCCAUAGGGAUACAAGGCCCCCAAGGUCCACCUGGGAAAGAAGGUCAAAGGGGAAGACGAGGGAAAACAGGACCCCCAGGAAAUCCAGGACCUCCUGGACCACCCGGACCUCCUGGGUUACAGGGACUACAACAGCCUUUUGGUGGAUACUUCAACAAGGGAACUGGUGAGCAUGGAGCUAGUGGCCCCAAAGGAGAAAAGGGUGACACUGGGCUGCCUGGAUUUCCAGGGUCCGUUGGCCCUAAAGGACACAAAGGAGAACCUGGGGAGCCUUUAACAAAAGGUGAAAAGGGAGAUAGAGGAGAACCAGGUCUACCAGGACCACAGGGAAUAAAGGGGGAACCUGGAGAUCCCGGUCCCCCUGGUUUAAUAGGAAGCCCAGGGCUAAAGGGUCAGCAAGGACCUGCAGGUCCCAUGGGGCCCAGAGGACCACCAGGAGAUGUUGGGUUGCCAGGAGAACAUGGUAUCCCUGGGAAACAAGGCGUUAAGGGAGAAAAGGGAGAUCCAGGAGGAAGGCUAGGCCCUCCUGGACUUCCAGGUCCGAAAGGUGAUGCUGGGCCUCCAGGGAAAAGUCUGCCAGGGAAACCAGGGUUGGAUGGAAAUCCAGGAGUACCUGGUCCACGUGGGCCAAAGGGUGAAAGAGGUCUGCCAGGGAUCCAUGGUUCCCCCGGGGACACAGGCCCACCAGGGGUAGGAAUCCCUGGUAGAACAGGCUCCCAAGGGCCAGCGGGAGAGCCAGGCAUUCAGGGUCCUCGAGGUCUGCCUGGAUUGCCAGGGAUGCCAGGGAAUGACGGAGCUCCAGGGAAAGACGGAAAGCCAGGCCUUCCAGGCCCCCCAGGUGACCUGAUCGCGCUUCCUCUCUUGGGAGACAUUGGCGCCCUGAUGAAGAACUUCUGUGGUAACUGUCAAGCCAAUGUCCCUGGGCUGAAAAGCAAUAACGGGGAUGGUGGAGGAGCUGGGGAGCCUGGAAAAUAUGACCCUGCAGCCAGGAAGGGUGAUGUAGGGCCACGAGGUCCUCCAGGAGUCCCAGGCAGAGAAGGGCCAAAGGGAAGCAAAGGAGAGCGGGGCUACCCUGGACUACAUGGGGAGAAAGGCGAUGAGGGUCUUCAAGGAAUUCCUGGCCUCUCAGGAGCUCCUGGCCCAACUGGACCCCCUGGCUUAACAGGAAGAACCGGACAUCCUGGUCCUGCUGGAGCAAAAGGUGACAAGGGUAGUGAGGGGCCCCCUGGGAAACCUGGACCACCUGGACCCCCUGGUGUCCCGCUCAACGAGGGGAAUGGCAUGGGCAGUUUAUAUAAAAUCCAGGGAGGAGUGAAUGUUCCCAGUUACCCAGGACCUCCGGGCCCCCCAGGCCCAAAAGGUGAUCCUGGCCCAGUGGGAGAGCCUGGUGAAAUGGGCUUGCCAGGGCUAGAAGGAUUUCCUGGUGUAAAGGGAGAUCGAGGCCCAGUGGGUCCCCCAGGAGUAGCCGGCAUAUCGGGAAAACCUGGUGCCCCAGGCCCUCCCGGAGCUCCAGGGGAGCCGGGUGAGAGAGGACCUGUUGGAGAUAGAGGUUUUCCUGGGCCAGAGGGACCUUCGGGGAAGCCAGGCAUAAAUGGACAAGAUGGAUUGCCAGGUGCUCAGGGCAUCAUGGGUAAACCAGGAGACAGAGGCCCCAAAGGAGAACGCGGUGAUCAGGGAAUUCCAGGAGACAGAGGCCCACAAGGUGAACGUGGAAAGCCCGGUCUUACAGGCAUGAAGGGGGCUAUAGGUCCUGUAGGACCACCAGGAAGCAAGGGCUCCAUAGGGUCACCUGGGCACCAAGGCCCCCCAGGCGUCCCUGGCACUCCGGCUGACGCGGUUUCAUUUGAAGAAAUAAAAAAGUACAUUAAUCAAGAGGUCCUAAGGAUUUUUGAAGAGAGGAUGGCUGUGUUUCUGUCCCAGCUUAAGUUGCCAGCAGCAAUGUUGUCUGCUCAAUCUCAUGGGAGGCCUGGCCCACCAGGGAAGGACGGGUUACCUGGACCCCCAGGAGAUCCAGGGCCCCAAGGCUACCGAGGACAGAAGGGAGAAAGAGGUGAACCUGGAAUUGGGCUGCCAGGGAGUCCGGGUCUUCCUGGAUCGUCAGUGGGUUUGCCAGGCUCACCAGGUGCCCCGGGGCCUCAAGGACCCCCAGGACCCAGUGGAAGAUGCAGUCCAGAAGAUUGCCUCUAUCCCAUGCCUCCUGCCCAUCAGCAGGCAGGGGGGAAGUGAAAAAGACGGAGGAAGACAUCCAUCGUGUCUGGGGCAGACAUCCAAACCAACCAUCUGAGUCCUAUGCAGACAGUAAUUGCAGAUCAGUAUUUUCAGAUGUUUGCCAACUCCGUUCCAUGAGUUCUGCUUUAGUGUGGCUCCGAGUUCGACCGUUUCAUAAGAAACAUCCAAGCAAGCCUGUCAGGGGCUCGCCAGAAGAAAUCACAUGCGACGAUUCGGUACUCAGACGACAUACACUCUGAGCUCGUCAACACGACUAGCUUUUGAUUCCUGAAUUUUAACUUUUCUGAUUUAUCUUGAUCAUUUUCUUCGUAUUUAAAUUUACUAUCAUUGCUUAAGAUUUUCUUUCUGCUCUUCUGAGAUCGAAGUAGUACAUUACGGCUGUUGACUGUCUUAUGACUGCUUUUUACAAGAAGUCUUAUACCAUCCUACAUUCAUUCAAUUUAUAUAGAAAAAAUAUGCAAUAAGGGAUUCGCUUUUAACUUAUUAACAACAACAAAAACUAUAGGAGACUCUUUAUCAGGGAGCCCCCAAAAUCAUCAUAGCCAACUACUGAGACGCUUUUUUGGUUUCCUAGCAAUGAGCUCAAUUUGAAGCGCACCUCACUGGCACCAACAUAUGCUACUUGAAAAAAUGGAGAACCAACUUGACCCUGUGUCAGUGAGUCUCCUCUGGUGAACCUGAAGUGAUUUUCUCCAAGAGGCACUUGGUGGUUUGGUACUUAGCAAGCCUUAGUAGCUGGGCAAGACCUUUGUAUCUUAUGAAUUCUUUUUUCUGACUUUGUGAUUCCCGGGACCUGGCAUCAGAGAAAAGCACAGGAUUUGUAAUGACCAGAAAAGAGGAGUCUUCGGGUUGGAAAAUGAGGGUAGAGGGUCAGCAAAGGCAUGUUGAGUACGUGAAGCCCUCGUGCUCUUAAGGAGAUUAAUGUUUUCUCAGAAACCAUCCAAAGGUCCGGCUCAGCCUAGGAAAACCAAGAGAUUCCACCCGAAAGUCAUUCAAAACCAUAUGCUCAGGGGUGAGGGAUUCAGCUUCACAGUGGACUGCUUGCCGGGCAAGCAUCAAGGCCCUGGGUGUCAUCCUCUGCCCUGGAGGAAAGAAAGAACCAUGCUCCGAAGGGAAGCAAAAUCCCAGUCAUCUUGGCUGAAUUACCCCACAGUGUUUUUUUUUUACACCUUACCUAUUCAUUGCUUGGAGAAACCUUGGGUCAGAAACAAUUGAUAUCCUAGAAUACUGAGCACAGGGGCACUGCCGGGAUUUAGCUGGUGGAUAGCACAGAAGCUGAGCGCACACCACCAGAGAGAGCCCUUCAGUCACAUGCCUCAAAGAGCAGCUCCUAUUCCACAGGAUAAGAGGAUGCUUUUGGUCCGUUCAUCGAUAAAGGACAAUGGGUUUAGAAAAGCAACCCACUGAAAGUGGGGAAAGCUGUGAACUUUUUUCCCCAUUGGGAAGCAUGCCUGAUGUAAGGCAGAGCUUGUUUAAAUGCAUCCAUACUUUGAACUGGUUUUCAUUGUAAAAAGAUGAACUGCUGGCCCAGUGCUGUCAACAUAGCUGUGCAUAAAAUAGCUUUUUGGGUAUUUCAUAUUGAGUUCUGCUGUAUAUUUCGAUCCAAGUUUAUUUAUUUUCCAAGCCUAUUUAUUUCCGAUGUUUUAGGCUUAAAAUUGCUCAUUCUUUUUUUCCCUUUCAUAUGCAAUACCUACAGCGGUGCUGUGUUUUAAACUUACCCGAUGGUAGUAUGCAAUGUUUGCAUACGUGGCUUCAUAGCCAACUGAUAACCUGCCCCACAAAAUGUACGUAAGGUGAAAAGUUGGUGCUAUGUGUAUAUUUUGAGCUUCUAAUUUGUUGAAUUUUCUGAAAACCUACAUUUUACCUGAUACAUGUUAAUUUACUUGAAUUUGCUGUAUGGCAGAGACUUUUGUAUGUUUUCAAAGAUUAUUUUUCAUAUUAAUUGACAGGUUAUUUAUCUUUUUGCAUUUUGGCUCAUUCAAAACUAUUUAUUAUAUAAUUUCAGUAUUUUCAUGAACAUUUGGUUGGUGGUAGGUGAUUAGUUUAUUUGGAUUUUUUUUCUUGGUUGAUCGUUUGAUACCUAUACAAAGAUGAAACUCAUUUUCUUGUUUUGCAAAUCAUAUUCACUUCAGUUCUGCAGAGCAGAAUCCUUUCUUACAGAUCAGAUCGUCAUUGCUCUUCCUUUUUUCUAACUUUUGGGAAUGUAUGGCUAACUUACUCCUGUUUCAAAGAUCUGGAUUUGUUCACUUGACCUGAGGACUAUCAAGCUAGACUGUCACACGAUACAUACUGAAAAGUGGCUUGUCACCAUGGUUCAAGCUCAUUUCUGAAAAUUGGGCCAUAAGAUUGAAUCUAACAUAACCAGAGAGAUGGGACUGGAUUAUACGGCACAGCCCCUCGAUCUACUGUUAUUAAUCUUCAGAUUUGUUUUUUUCCCUUCUGCCUCGGCACUGAUCCUAACAACGGACUCUAAGGAACACUUAGUCCAGCUAAUACAACAAAGAGAUUGGCAGGUUCUCAGCCCCUUCAUAAAAACAAACGGGAUAAUUUGGUCGCCAAAGCAGGAUAAGGAAUAUCCCUUUAAAUAAUCAUUUGUCCCUGCUGUUGUUUUCAGCAAAAGAGAAGAAUUAUCAAUUUUCUCUCAUUCUGUACUUCAGAUAUGCUUUAAAUACAAAAUAAUUACAGGCCAUGGUGACAAUGUAAAACUAUUUUUUCCAUAAACAAGGAUGUCUGAAUUCAAGUCCUAAAUAUUAUGCCAGUUCAGUUCCCAAUUUUAGGUAGACUCUGCUUAUAUAGGGAAGAUCUGUCCUCACUUAAGAUCUGUUUUGCUUCUAGCGUCUAAAGAAAGAGAAUGCCAUGAGUGCAUUGUUCUUUCCAAAUGAAAACAGUGACCAUUACUCCUAAGCACAGCGGAAGCAUGGUCAGGCUUAAGUUCUUCAACCUCUUAACUUAGCCAGAGCUGUUUAAAGACUCCAACCUUGUGUGCUUUUUUUUAAAUCUCUCUCUCUCUCUUUAUUUCAUGAUAGAGUUGGAAAUUAAAAUUUUGCCUACUUAUAGAGAUUAAGGAAUAAUUUUGUGAUAUACUGCUUACAUAAAUUAUCAUUCGAUGUUCAGCAUAUAAAGUAAUUUCUAUAACUAUGUCUUAGACAUUAAUUAUGCUUUAGCUCGUCUGUUUCCGCAGCUGCUCCCACUUCUGAGAAACUUACGAUAUACCUCCUUUUGUCCACAAGAUGGUGUUUGAGGCAAUUUGUUCAGAACUGAACAGAUUCACAGAAGUCUAAGACCUUGAAAAGUCUGGUGGACAACAAAGUCAGACAUUGGCCUUUGCACUUUCUUGUUUUGUAAAUAUUCUUUGUAAAUUAUAUCUCAUUUUACUAAUUAGUAUUUUUCCGAAUUUUCAGUGUCUUUGUAAGGCAGGCACAAUAACGUUGGUCUGUUGACUGUUUCCCUUUUAUUUAUUGACUAUGUAUACACCCAUACAUUGUAUGCAAAUCUGCUAUAAGGUAGUCUUAUGCUUCUCUUGUAUUUUAGUAGCUAAUAUGCACACACCGGCACACCUGGGUAUUCAUCCUCCCUUACAGAUGGGACAGAUACUCUUUUGACAAGUGAAAAACACAGCUUACCACAAGUAUACAAGGUACAUAGUACACAAUGUCUAAACUCUUGAUUGCAUGAGAUAAGUUUCACAAUUAAAUUUGUACAAUGUCUAUUUUUCUAGAAACAUAGUGCUAUUAAAAAAUAAGUAGGAACAAUGAUUUUUCAAAAUUCCAUCCUUUUCUUUCAAUGCCAUCCUUUUUCUCUAGUGUUGGUAACUGUAUUCAAGACAGAAUUGAGUCCAGUGAUGCUGAGGUCAUUUGAGUGACCUUUGGAAAAACUAAGCACUGUUGACCUUUGCCCUUGCUCCUCAGUUAUUUUCCACACUCGUCUACUGUAAAGCCUCAUGGUAUUUUCUAUCCUGGCUUCAUAGCAGGGAAUACACUUUCUACCCUGGCCAUUUUAUUCCUCUUCUCUCAGAGUUUGACCAGACCCCUCUGAGGAGAUUCUCAGCAGAGUUUAAUUGUUAACCUUUUAAGUCGUGUGCAUCAGUGUAAUGUCAGCCCCUGACCUUCAUUCAUCAGCCGUAGGUAUGACAGCAUUUCUUGUAUUCAACUUGUUCAAAGGGUGGGACUUACAGGAAACAGGAUAAGAGGUUAUUUCUGUUUCUACUUACUAACAUGGCUGGAGCCCUCAUAGCAACAUUGCACUGAGCAAAACCAUGUGGAAAACCUCAUCAUUUUGGUUGAAUUGACCGCAGCUCCAAGCAGACACAGAGAACACUGGUGCAGACAAGUAGACCCAGCAAGAAAAUAAUUAUCCAGAAGACAAGGCAAAGCUAGGAACAUCUAUCUAUAUGGAAAACUUUUCAAGCUCAUUUCCGGGAGUGAUAUGUGGUAUGACUCCAGACGUCAGCUACUUGCUUCAACCUCUUAGGCAUCACUAAGGACUAACCACUUAAAAUGUAGCACAAGUCUCGGUGUUGGCUUCACCACAGCAAGUUUACUAGCAGAAAGAUACAAUUUUACAACUUGUUAUUUUGCCGUGGGAGGAUAAAUACUUCUGGUGACUUUAAAUUCCAAUUGUGUUAUGGAAUAACUAUUUUUAAAAUAAGAUUUGGAGGGUGUAUUUAUAUCCGUUUUGUUCGUUCAAUAUCUUACCUCAUCCGCUCGCUACGUAAGGUUUAAUUUUAUCACACUUACAUUAAGUGGAAUGCUACUCAGUUAUUAUAAACCCCAGUGAACGUACACUAGCAGGCGUUGGCUCCUUGAGCGUCCUCAUGUGCUGUGAACACGUUGCCUCUCUCAGCAAUAACAGAAUCGACUCUAAAUCAGGGAACCCUAAGGUGCGGUUCUUAACACUGUGUCUAUACGUCAGCCCUUCUCAGCAGCUGAAGUUCCAGAAUCGUUCUAUUCUACUGAGUCUUAGCCACCCUGACGAAGAUUUAUAAUUAGCCUCAUACCAAGAGCAAAUGUCACGGCAUCCCGGGAGCCUGAGACUGGUCUCUUCCAAGUACUCACAGUUUGAAUUUAUAACCUACCUCCCUGGCAGCUCAUGAGAAGACCAGUGCAUGGAGAAUUGUAAACAGCACCAAAAGCCAGAGUCAGCCCAAAACGAUGCACUCUUCUCACAGAGACUAGCAUCAGUUUAGACUCUUCGCUAGGGAGAGCUCUGAGAAGGCUAAGAAGCACUGCAGGUAAUUCUCCUCACACAAUACCUUUGUCAGGAGGUCAACAAAGUGUUUAAAUACAUUGUGUAUUUCUAACAGAAAUUAAUUACGUCAAAAUAUGCCAGUGGCGCUGUAUGUCUGUAUGGACUAGCUAAUGACUUAAACAGUUCCUGACUAGUCUUACCUUCAUAGUCCCUCAUGAUAAAUUUAAGUAGGUGCUCUCUAUAGGAAUAUUACUAUCUCCUCUUAUGCAACAGUGAACUGGGAGAAGAAAUAAAAACAGAAUAGACUUAAAUAAGAAGACACAGAUCCCCAAACGUUUCUUAGAGUCAACCCCCCUCCCCAUUUGUUCUCUUCCAUUAUUAAGGUGGAAAGAAAGACAGUAAACAAAAGGACGGUGAACCGGAAGUUAGUGUUAAUUGCCAUUUAUCAAGAUUACAAACAUUUAUCAGACAGAAUCCUUUGCCCAGUAACCAAAUCUAUCAAGCAUGCUACAAUUCUUCAGAUAACAUUCUAAAUACAAUCUGAGUGUGUAUUACAUGCACGGUAUUACAAUCGGCCAAUUUGUUUAAUGUAUGUCGAGCCAGCAUAUAUUACUGUCCAGCCUCACGGGUUUAUUUAAAAAAAAAUUAACUACACACCUGGAAAGUGUUUUACUGGAUAAAAUGACAACCUACAAGUCUUAAGCACAAAUAUUAUCUUGCAGUUUUAAGAUCGUUUAGGACCAUUUUCAUUUGUACCAAAAUAAAUAACUUACUAACGUUUCCUCCUUAGUACUGUUUCUGAGCGUUUUCCCAGGGUCGUCAACACGUUUAAAAGCAAUUCCCUUGACAUUUGGAAUUAUUCGUGUCCUGAGUGAUUUUCCAUGUCCACUGGUUAAUUUUAAACCUGGAUUUUUUUUAUACCUCAGAAACACUAGGAUACUUCCAAAAAUAAAUAAUACGGAAGCAGGGACUUACAAUAAGCACACUUCGGGUCAGAUGUAAUAAACGUUGAAGGAUUACAAUUUUGGUUUAACCAGCAUGACGUAGAAAGUGUUUCAAGUCGGUUGCCUAAUGAGGUGACUAUUCUUUCCUGCUCUUCUGACAGACAGAAGACAGUCACCCAGUGUCACCUGCAAAUUUGUGUGCUCAGACUGCAAAAUGAUUUCCAUGCUCCUUAACCAACCUGGUGGCUGUUUGGAGUGAGGAUCAAAUCCUACCGCCAUGGGAGCACUGAGUAGCAAUAAGCCAGAAAUCAUUCGCUCUUGAUUAAUAUGCUAGUGUCUAGGCAACUUCGAUUACCUACACAUUCCCCUCUUGGCAAGUUCUCAGUUGGACACCAUCCAACUUUCAAAACUACGCAAAAGAAGACAUGGAGACCUCUGCUUGGCUAGGGGUGUACACCGGGUCUGCCUGUCCUCAGAGGCUGUCUUUCACGGAGAGGGUUCGAUAGGCGCUUUUGCUUGCGAGGGUUUAUUUUUCUUGUCAAGAAUUGGUGCAUCUGUAACCUGUUUUACUUAACUGAAAUUUACCAUGGGGUGUUCUUCUCAUUUGGAAUGUAAGUUUUGCAUAAGCUUCUGUAAGUGGCUGUCUCCAAUGCUACUUACUUUAUCUGUGUUAUACAGCCUAGAUUGCCUCAGGUUUGUGUAACAGUUGCGUGAACUGAUAUUUGAUUUUUUUUAAAUUUCUAAUGAAUAUGAUGUUAUGGAACUGAAGAACAUGUUUAAUUACUGAAUUUUUCUUUUUUCUGUAUUGGAUUAUGUCACUCCAAUGAAAAUAAAAGCACUUUGAUGAAAA